AUGGCAGAAAAUAAUGCGAAAUGGUUGGAUGCAUCGUAUUAUCAAAACAUGCCGAAUUCAGAAGUGAAUUGGGCGCAACUAGCACAAAAAUGGAUGCAGAUGCGAGAUGCCGGUGAAGUUACGCCGGUAACAUCGGAUGAUUCUAUACCGCCACCGCCAAACAAUGAGCUACUACCAUCACAUCCUCCACCGGCACCCGAUGGACUACCGGUAAAUGGAUCUUUUUUGCCACCUAGUGGGUAUUUGCCUACUAUGCCUGUUGAUGCAAAUUUUGCAACACCAUCGCCUUGUUGGAUACCACCUCCACCGCCAAAUAAUUUCGGUCCUCCAGCUGGUGGCGCAUUUCCUCCUUUCAUGCCACCAGUUCCGCCAUGGAUGGGCGUCACUCCGGUACCGCCUGGUCCGUUUCCGCCAGCGCCACCUUAUGGUGAUGCAAAGCUAAACGUUGACGAGGAGGAAGGGGGUGAGUAUUCACAUUAUUACAAAGAGUGGGAUGAAAAGCAGAAAAGCAGUCGGCGUGACAAUGAUUCAGAUGAUUCAGAAACAGUUCCGGAAGGUGCUAUGGCUCACUGGCUUAAGCCAGGUCCUGGUUGGACACCACCACCAAAUUGGUAUCAUCCGUCGCGUCGUGAUUCUCCUUCAAACUCUCAUUCUAUGCCUUUCAUCGAUCAACAAACACGAAAAGCUUUGCCAGCAUGGAUCCGUGAAGGUUUAGAAAAAGCUGAGCAAGAAAGGCAAAAGAAACAGACGAAAGAAGCUAAGUUGCGAGCAGCCGAAGAAGCGGCAAAAGCUCGACGUGCUUCUAAAGGAUUGGGAAAAUUUGAUUCCGAUAGUAGUGAAGACGAAAAUGGAACGGAAGAUGCUAAAGAAAGAGUGAAACUUGAUGGAGAGCCAGUGUUCCUCCAGAAAAAGAAAUUGGAAAAGCAGCACGAACAACCUGCCAAGGAUAUAACGGAAAUUGAUUAUCGAACCGAGGAAGAGACACGAGAAGAUGCACUCAUGCUUUUGCGACGUUUCAUGACUGAAAUUUUGUUGGAAACAACGGAUGAUGAAUUAAGCCGUAUUGCUAGGGAACAGAUCGAAUUUGCUAAACGUUCUGCCCAGCCAAAAGUUCUCGCCCAAAGCUCGGCUCUCGCCGCUUUGUGUACGCUUGGUGCUGAAAGCGAUGAUGAAUCAAAUGAAGAAACUGAUAUGAAGCAAUUGGACGAAUCAACGAAUAAAACGAAAGGCGAAGAAUUUUCGAAAAAGUCAAGUAUUACUGGUGAUGGUAAUGGUGGUGGUAAUGAAGAUGAUACUUUGUUCAGUGUGCCACUUCUUCCAGUAUUAUCGUCGGGUGCUAAGAGUAAGGCCAAGUUAAGUAGCAAUGAUGGAUUCUCUUCUACAGAAUCCUCCCAAGGUGUUGAAAAAAAAAAAGCUGCUGUCCAGGAAAAGAAGAAUGGCGAUGACGGACCGUCACGUGUUGCGCUUCCAAAAAGUGGGAAUGAUGCAUGCAAAGAAAUAGGUCAAAAGAAGUUCGAUUCCAAUAGCGAUGGAAGCAAUAAAAAAGACAGGAAGGAAAAGCAUGCUAGAGAGUCAAAGAAGCAGUAUCAACGGAAAAAAUCAGGAAGUAAGGAGUGUCCAAAGAAACGACGACGUGGCAGUAGUAAGGAAGAUUUGACAAAAAAAGACGCAGACCAUACAUUAAAUGCAAAGCAAGACAAUAAGUUUAGAUCGGAUAGUGAUAAAAGUGGUUCUCGAACUCCCGAACAUUAUCGUCGAAGAUCAAGCAGCACAGAGUCCUACCACAAACGACGUCGUUCAAGAAGUCACAAAAGAUUGAGAUCAAAUUCUCGGUCACGUACUAAAAGAAACCGCAGAUUUGAGGAGCGACAUAAUUCACGUUCACGAAGCCGUGAAAGGAGACGAUCUGGUGAAAGGCAUCACCGAGAUAGGUAUUUUAGAAGAUCGCGUUCAUAA